AUGUUCAGAUCCCAAGUUAGAAAGUUUUCCAGCACCGCACGUGCAGAGCUAGCCAAAAUCAACCUGAUUGGUGUGAUUGGCACAGACAUUUCCGAGGCCGUCACUAGCAACGGCAGACCGUAUGUUCGCUACGCUUUGGCCGUGGACAACAAGGCCAAGGGCAACGAGAACACCUCGUGGUUCAACAUCGUUGCCUUCACAGAUCAUCAAAUAAAUUUCACCAAGACGUUCUUGGGAAAGGGUGCUAAGGUGUAUGUCGAGGCCGACGUUUCCAACAAUGUGUUUGAGAAAGACGACGGAAGCAAGGCCGUUAGCUGGAAUCUGUAUCAGAGAACCAUUGAGGUGAUUAGAUUCCCAAAGGCUUCGUCCAAGCUCGAGACUUCCGGCGAGGAAGAGGAAUAG